AUGUCGAGCUCAUCUUUCAUCAACGCAUUGCGUAGAUUUAUUGCACUUCGUGGGAAUGUGUCUUUAUUUCGAUCAGACAGAGGUACUAGCUUUAUUGGUGCUACAGCAGAUCUUGGGAUUGAUGUAACAAAAGGAUCAGUGAAGAACUACUUGGAGAAGUCAAAGAUUGUUUGGACAUUCAAUGUUCCUCACUCUUCCCACAUGGGAGGAGUGUGGGAGAGAAUGAUCGGUUUAACGCGUAGAGUAUUAGAUACACUACUCUUAGGACCUAAAGGAAAAAAUCUCACUCAUGAAGUUCUCAGUACAUUGAUGGCUGAAGUGACAGCCAUAAUUAAUUCAAGACCAAUUACUACUGUAUCUAAGGAUCCUGAGGUACCAUUUGUGUUGAGUCCAGCAAUGCUUCUGAAUCAGAAGAUAUCCGGUCAUUAUUCUAUGUGUACAGAUAUUGACAUACGUGAUAUAUACAAAGAACAGUGGAAGCAAGUGCAGGUUUUAUCCGACUUAUUCUGGCAACAGUGGAAAACUCAUUACCUUCAAAACUUACAGUCCCGUCGCAAGUGGACAUCUGAAAAAAUGAAUUUGAAGGUUGGAGAUGUUAUAGUCAUCAAGGAUCGUGAAACAGCUAGAUGUCAGUGGUCUGUUGGACUUGUGGAAGAAGUUUUCCCUAGUGCGGACGGACUAGUUCGGAAAGCUUGUGUGCGCGUUGUCGUUAAUGGAAAACCGUGUACAUAUACAAGGCCUAUUAGUGAACUCAUUCGACUCAUUGACUGA